AUGUGGAGCGGUUCACCGUGCAUCAUCUGGUGCCACGGGCGCGUGGCGGCAACCACGGACCGAAGGCGCGAUUGUGUCCGACGUGCCACCGUCAGGUACACGCGAUGUUUUCGGUAA